AUGCUCUACCCUUCAGAUUCAGUAGAGAGCAUACGGCGCCUCUUUGAGAGAAUCCUUGUCGUGAACGAGGCCCGCAACCAAAAAAAUCAUGCCGAUCCUAUAAUCGUCUCUUUCGACAUCGCCCACGGUAACAAGAAAGGGUUCAGUGCUAUCGGAGUAUCAUUUCUAGACACAAGAUGUCUAAAAGGCUUAGAAACACGAAAAUUUUCGGAGCAUGACCACCCCUUGAUCUGGACCCAGACUUAUAACUUCAAUUAUAGUGUAAGUCGCACGCGCAAGGGGGCGCUCUUUGAUGGCGAUGCACAAAAAGUUUCGUCGAGGCAUCGGAAUCAACUCCUUACGCACAUUUUCUCCCACUACGACGACAACGUCGAGCCUUGCUGCGGAUCCCACAUAUUUCAACCUUUUCAGCCCUCUGAAAGUCAGUCCGUGGAUGCACGAACAGCCGUACGCCCAGUCAUCAUCGUUGGCCAUUCAAUCAGUCAGGACAUUGCGUCACUCCAGAGAGCAGGCUUUGAUAUAGCUCAAGUUGCAGCUAUAGCAUGUAUAGAUACGCAAAGAACCGCUCGGGAUUUGUUCUGGAAGGACAAUGCAUCAAAAAACAUAUCUUUAAAGGAGCUGUGUAAAUUAAGAGGCAUCCAGCCCCAAAAACUACACAAUUCUGGAAAUGACGCGGCGUAUACUCUCCUUGUACUCCUAAGUCUCGCGCAUGAGAUUUUAGGACACAAUGCGACGGCGCGAGGGAUAUUAGACGGGUUUUUACAAGGUUUUAUGGGGUUUAGAAAGACUGCGAGGCAAAAGAGAAGGGAAACGAGACAGGGUGGGAGUUCUAAAGAUUGGGCGGAUUAUCUCGACGAGGAGAAUCGAGAACUCGUGUCUACACCGUCAGGUCUCUCACAAGAAUCUACAAACGUUGUUUCCUGA